AUGGCAGCCUCUCUUCCCAUCCCCGUAUUCACCAAUCUCAACGAUCUCUAUCAAAACCUCGGUACAACCUUGAAUCAUGCGUGGGUGUACCUUCCAAAUCCCUAUCCCGGAUAUUUCUUAUUUAUGCACCCGUCUAGCAAACGAUGGGACAAUCUCGCCCAGGAGUUCAAAGCAAGGUUCGGGAGACCUCCAGCCUACAUCGCACGAGCACCAGGCCGUGUCAACCUCAUAGGCGAGCACAUCGACUACGCACUCUUUGGUGUCUUCCCAGCUGCGAUCGAACGCGAUAUCCUCAUCGCAUGCGCUCCCCGGCCCGUCCCAUCCGACCCCUCCACUCACGCACCAGGUAGCGUCAUCGCUGAAAACCUGCAUGGCAAAUACAAGCGCCAGGCUUUCACCCCCACCCGCCGCCCCACACUCGGCCCCGUCGGGAAAGAGGACGUUCCCAAGGACGCCGUACACGUCGAAGAGUGGCACCUCGAUAUCGAUAACAAAGACGAGCUCAAGUGGGAGAGCUAUGUCAAGGCGGGCUAUUAUGGCGUGCUGAACCAUUACUUUGCGCCGAACGAGACUAGCCUGCACCCCAUCCCCGUCGAUCUGCUCGUUACUGGUUCCGUCCCUGCUGGCUCUGGCCUGUCUUCCAGCGCGGCCAUGGUUGUCGCUUCAACCCUCGCUUUCCUCGCUACAAACGGUCUCCUCGAAGAAGAAGCCAUUAAGAACGGUAACUUGAAGGCAAUCACGAAGGGAUCGCUCGUUGAGAUGUCGAUGGAGAACGAGAGGCGUGUCGGUGUAAACAGCGGAGGAAUGGACCAAGCCGCAUCCGUGAUCUCAACUGCCAACUCCGCACUCUACGUCUCCUUCUUCCCCCGACUCUCCGCAGAGCGUAUCCCUCUCCCCGGGUCGUCCCCAAUCGGUACACAGUACCCAAAAUCAAGCUCGACCAAAAGCGCAGUGUUCGUCUGCGCCAACUCCCUCGUCGUCUCUGACAAAGUCGUUCACGCACGCACGCGCUACAACCUGCGCGUCGUCGAGACACUCGCCGCCGCACGCAUUCUCGCCGUCCGCCUCGGCCUCUCCGUCGGCCCGCGCGAGAAGAUCACGCUCAGGCAUGUCCUGGCGCGACUCAUCGGUGAGCCUGAGCUUGACGCUGAUAAGGGGGAGAUUAGCGUUGAUGAGCUGAAAAGCGGGCUUGAGAGGAUGGCGAGGGAGCUUGGCGUUACGAUGGAGACGAUGAUUGAGUGGUCUGGGAUGGGCGAGGAGGCCUUCAAGGACGUGUACCUGUCUUGGGUUGACGUCGAAGCGACCCACUUCCAGUUGUAUAAUCGCGCAAAACACGUGUACACCGAAGCCCUCCGUGUUCUACAGUUCCGCGAGGUCUGCCUCACCGCAUCGUCUUACCUCUCCCCAUCUGAAGAAGCGGAGACCGCUGUGCUUGGGGAACUGGGUAAGCUGAUGAACGAAUCGCAGGAGAGUUGUUCGCGGGUGUUCGAUUGCUCAUGUCCUGAGCUUGACGAGCUGACGCGGCUGGCGAUGGAGGCGGGGGCGUAUGGGAGCCGGUUGACUGGAGCUGGCUGGGGCGGCUGCACGGUCUCGCUGGUUGAUGAGACGCAGGUGGAUUCGUUCAUUGGGAAAGUCAAGGCUGCCUACCCGCCGUACCGAGACCUAGAAGGAGACGCACUGCAUGAAGUUAUUUUUGCUACCAAGCCAAGCAGUGGAGCGUGUGUGUUCAAGUUUACAGAAUGAAGAAUAGGGACUGUAAAUGAGUGAAUUAUUCGAUAAAUGUAUUACUGUAGAUGGACGCUAUGUAUGUCGGAAGGGGAUUGCAUUCGGGAUGGGAUAGAUAAGAUAAGACGGGACGGUCCGCCGAUGGCUGAUGAUGAAUGCUCCACAAUUAUAUGUUUUUCAUUUUUUUC